AUGGAUGACAAGGGCGGGUACAGACAAAUUAACAAAUCACUUAAUAUCUGCGCAUUCGACGAAUACCUCAAAGGUCAAACCGCAAACCUGCCUGUUUUGGCCGAUGUAGAGCAACUCACGCCUAGGGUGCUUCGAGUGUUAGGUCAAAACCCAGGAAAGUUUACUUUUCAAGGGACCAACACAUACAUCAUUGGCACCGGCCAUGAUCGAGUUAUGGUCGACACAGGAGGUGGUGAGCCAGCAUGGGCCGAGUUAAUUGAAUCUACACUCAAGUCCAUGGGAAUCAGACUAUCACACAUCCUACUGACACACUGGCAUGGCGAUCAUACUGGUGGCGUUCCUGAUCUGUUACGACUAUACCCACACCUCAAGAACUCCAUCUUUAAAAAUGAACCUGAUAAAGGCCAACAGGACAUUACCGAUGGACAGCUGUUCGAGGUUGAGGGCGCAAAAGUCCGGGCUUUACACGUGCCUGGACACUCCGAGGAUCACAUGUGUUUCAUUCUCGAAGAAGAGAACGCGAUGUUUACCGGCGACAAUAUCCUUGGUCACGGCACAAGUGCCGUAGAAGACCUUGGAAUAUUCAUGGAGAGUCUGCAGAAGAUGCUUGAUCAGAAUUGCGCUAUUGGAUAUUCUGCUCACGGUGUCACCAUCGAAAACCUGCCAGCCAAGAUAUCAGGAGAACUUGGAGCUAAAUUGCGUCGUGAGAGACAAGUUCUCCAAGCCCUUGGCCGAGUUCGUAGUCGUGGUGAGAAAAGUGCCACUGUCAAGGACGUCGUCACAGAAAUAUACGGCGAGUCUAUUGAUGAAAGCACAAGGGUUCUCGCCUUGGAACCUUUUAUUGACGAGGUAUUGCGGAAACUAGCAGGUGAUAGCAAAGUCGCUUUCGAGAUGAGAGGAGGCAAGAAGAAAUGGUACUCGUUGGAGGCGGUACAGCAGACUGCUACACGCAAGUUCUUAGAUGUCAAAGCUCCCUCAGUUCGUUACGCUGAAGUCGGAGUAAUUACGGCUUAG